AGCCGCAGAGCCGAGGACCAGGGGACACGUCCUCCGGAUCCCAGGCACGACAACCGCCGCGAGAGACCGACACAUGAAGCAUGAGAGGCUGGAGCUGAGGCUCAGCUGACCCUUCCCCUUCCUCCUCCUCCUCCUCCUCUUCCUCCCUGGACCAUUCGAUCAGCACCUCCCUCCCUCGCCCUCCUCUCCCCGUCACCCUGUCGGAUCUCACCCGCCUUUCCCUCCCUCCUCCCCCUCCAAGCCUCCAUCAGCCGUGCCCAAUGUACUCACCGGAGCAGGAAAACAUCUCCACCACCACCUCCACCAAAGUGCCAGCGAAGUAUGGAGAGCUCAUUGUGCUGGGGUACAAUGGCUCCCUGCCCAACGGGGACCGAGGUCGACGUAAAAGUCGUUUUGCACUUUGUAAGCGACCGAAGGCGAACGGGGUGAAACCCAGCACAGUCCACGUGGCCUGCUCUCCACAGGCAGCCAAGGCCAUUAGCAACAAAGACCAGCACAGCAUCUCCUACACUCUGUCUCGAGUGCAGACGGUGGUGGUGGAGUACACCCACGACCCCAACACAGACAUGUUCCAGAUCGGUCGAUCGACGGAGAGUCCCAUCGACUUCGUGGUGACCGACACGGUGGCCGGCAGCCAGAGCAACGCCGACACGCAGUCGGUGCAGAGCACCAUCUCCCGCUUCGCCUGCCGCAUCAUGUGCCAGCGCACGCCGCCUUACACCGCACGCAUCUACGCCGCCGGCUUCGAUUCCUCCAAGAACAUCUUCCUGGGGGAGAAAGCUGCUAAGUGGAAGACACCUGACAGCCAAAUGGACGGGCUGACCACGAACGGCGUGCUGGUGAUGCAUCCUCGCCACGGCUUCACGCAGGACUCCAAGCCGGGCGUGUGGAGGGAGAUCUCCGUCUGCGGAAACGUCUUCACCCUGAGAGAAACUCGCUCAGCCCAGCAGAGAGGGAAGAUGGUGGACACUGAGAGUCAGGAGCUGGUGGACGGCUCGCUCAUCGACCUCUGCGGCGCCACGCUGCUGUGGCGCACGGCCGAAGGCCUGGCCCGCACCCCCACCCUCAAGCACCUGGAGGCCCUGCGGCAGGAGAUCAACGCGGCGCGCCCGCAGUGUCCCGUGGGCUUCAACACGCUGGCCUUCCCCUCCAUGCGGCGCAAGGACACGCCGGACGAGAAGCAGCCGUGGGUCUACCUGCACUGCGGCCACGUGCACGGCUACCACAACUGGGGCAACCACCGCCUGGAGAGGGAGGGGCGGGAGGGCCGGCACCGGGAGUGCCCCAUGUGCCGGACCAAGGGGCCGUACGUGCCGCUGUGGCUGGGCUGCGAGGCGGGCUUCUACGUGGACGCCGCCCCCCCCACUCACGCCUUCAACCCCUGCGGCCACGUGUGCUCGGAGAAGACGGCGGCCUUCUGGAGUCAGAUCCCGCUGCCGCACGGCACGCACACCUUCCACGCCGCCUGCCCCUUCUGCGCCCAGCAGCUGACGGGCGAGCACGGCUUCGCCAGACUCAUCUUCCAGGGCCCGCUCGACUAGACGCCCAGCGGGGGGGGGG